ACUCGCAAAGAUGCUCGAGGACGAAAAAGGGUUAAGAACACUAUCGCCCUCACGCAGUUGGGGGACGCGCUCUCCCUUUGAUUGGCCGAGUGGCGGAGGCGGGGCUGUGACGUCAAGCCAUUUUCCCGGAUGGAAGCUGUGUAGAACGUCCGCACCUGCGAGAUCCGAAGUGGAGCUGAGAAGUUGCUUUGGAGCGGUGGGGAAGGUCCGGGGUUAUCCCAGCGGCGGGAGAGACGCGGAGCUGAUGCACCCUGUGCUGAAAGCCUUUGUGUGUGGUUCCGUCAGUGGGACCUGCUCUACUCUGUUAUUCCAACCUCUAGACCUUCUUAAAACUAGACUGCAGACCGUGCAACCAGCUGUCAAAGGGUCAGGUCGCAUUGGGAUGGUAGCUUUGUUCUUUAAAGUUGUUCGCACAGAAAGUAUCCUGGGGCUGUGGAAGGGUGUUUCUCCUUCUUUUGCAAGAUGCAUUCCAGGUGUGGGGAUUUACUUCAGUACUUUAUAUAUGAUAAAACAGCGCUGUCUGCUGGAUCGCUCCCCUACAGCCCUGCAAUCAGUUCUUCUGGGUGGAACCUCACGAACUGUAGCUGUUGUUUGUAUGUUGCCUAUCACAGUUGUGAAAGCACGAUACGAGAGUGGGAAGUAUGCCUAUGAAAGCAUAUGUGGAGCUCUGCGAAAUAUCUAUAGAUCUGAAGGUGUCCAGGGCCUGUUUAGUGGCUUGACAGCAACACUUCUACGUGAUGCACCCUUCUCUGGCAUUUAUCUGAUGUUCUACUUGCAGACCAAAAAGAUUGCACCAUAUGACCAAAUCGAUCCAGCACUUGAACCUCUAGUGAAUUUUGGCUGUGGAACGAUUGCUGGGAUUCUGGCAUCAUUAGCUACUCAGCCUGCUGAUGUCGUAAAAACCUACUUGCAGGUGUCAUCUGAAAAGUAUCUUGGGACAAGCCAAGCAACUGCCUUAAUCUUUAGGGAUUAUGGAUUGGUUGGCUUUUUCCGUGGUGCUGUCCCGAGGGCCUUGCGACGCACACUGAUGGCAGCAAUGGCAUGGACUUUAUAUGAACAGAUGAUGUCUAAAAUGGGCUUGAAGUCCUGAAUGGCCUGACUUGAGACCAAAGGAGACUUGGUCAGUUGGUAAGACUGGCAGUCUGGUCUGCUCCACGUGAUAUGUGCAGAAGCCAUGCCUGACUCCUGAGGCUUGUUUUAAGAAAUGGAAGUGAGUGGAGUCAAAGAUUGUUUUAGUCAUGAUUUGAGAAGCAUUCCAAGAAGACUGUGUCAUAUUGGUUAUGAGAAGUGCCCAAAUCUUGAUAUUUUUAUGUGUCAGCUGUGCCACUGCAAAAGCAUGUCUUCUUGAGAGGAACCUAAUUAGGAAGAUUUCGUUCAGCUGUUCUGAACAUCUGCAGAGGAUAUAAUGAAGAGUGUGAAGGUGCAGUACUAGCAGUUGGGUCUUCUGAAUCUAACACCCUCAUUACGCUCCAUGGAAAUGCUUGAUGGUUGUGUGGUGCCUCUCCAGUGUGCUCCAUCUUCACUCUGUGUUCUUGCUUGUACACUCAACAAACAGUAUAGAGGAGAGCUUUAUAAAAGACUUCAGGAAAGACAUCAUUUGGGGAACUUGCCAUCUGAAGUUGCUAGUGUGCUAGGUGUUAAAAAUGAAUGCUAGGACUGGAAGCUACAUGAGGAGACUGUGAUUUUCUGGUUUUUUUACAGUAUGGCUGAGGAACAUGUGGCCCUUCAGAUGUUGUUGGACUGCACAUCCCAUGACCCCUUACUAUUAGUUAUCCUGGCAAAGUCUGAUGGGAGUUGCAGUCCAGCAUGAUCUGAAGGGCCACUUUUUUUGCGUUAUAGCUUUAGUGUGUUCAGCAAUGGAGACUUUUAAGAUUCAUAUAUCCUCUGCUUCCAUGUCAUCCAUGUCUUCAUUAAACACUCCAAAGAUCCUACAUACAGGAACCAUAGCCUUGUUUUUCCUGUUUAAAAUGUAGCUGAAAAGUCAUAUGCUGGUACAAACUUUGCUUUGGACAAUAUGUCAUUUAUUUAAAUUAGGGUUGGGGACUGUGUACCACCAGAUACUUUUGGAUAUCAGUUGCCGUGACCCUGAGCCAGCAUGGACAAUAGUGAGGAAUGAUGAGAGUAAUUUCUUGAUAUCUGAACAGCUCAGUUGUCAUCUAGCUUUUAGUAAUGUGAAAGCACUGCUACACAAUUCAACGGUCACAUACACAGUAUUAUACCAUUUUUUUUUCAAUUUCUGCCUUCCUUUAGUUUGUUCACAUAUUCCAAAUUGCUCUGUUGAAACAAUCAGCCUCAAGGAUGGAAUCAAUGCAGCUCUCUAGAAAGGAUGAUGGGACUUGGGAGUUCAGUAAUAACAGGGCUUUCAUGUUGUUAAAAAGCUAUCUUGUUCUUUCCAAAGAUCUGAGACCUUGAGACCUAAUGUGAGAACUUCUUUUUGUCUGAAUUAUGAUGGAUUCCAUUUUACUUCAGAGUCUUCAGUUAUCUCUUUUAUUAUUAUUAAAAGCAUGGCCUUUUAAAA